AUGCGAAUGUCCGUCAAAGUCGAGGUUCCUCGAGUGCCAGAAAGGGCAAUUGCCCGCUCGAGCUCUACGGCAACGGAAAUCAACUCUGAUGCCCCCGAGAAAAGUGAUGGGCAUCACAGCAAACCGGCUAACUGGAAACGCGAGUUGUCAAACCAGACAACGACAGGUGGUGAACGGUGGACAAUUCGACUCCGCGGGUACCAGGACUGGAUUCACUCUUGGACGAAGAGCGCCACGCAAGGUCCACAGUCCCGAUGUCGUUGCCGAUACCCUAUCGCAAAGAGCUCUGGCAUAUUUCAGCGCAUUCCUUCCGAUGAGUUUGUCUAUGAAGCUUCUGGGCAAUCCCCCGAGGCGAUUAAAUCGUUCCGAUGGCAGUACCAUGCUCUCAGUUGGAGAUUGUUUAGCUGGUGUAUCAAAAAACACGACAGGAUGGACUGGCUAAAUAAAGUGCAACAGAGCAUGCAGAGAAUAGCGGUCGAUCCGUUUAUUGUUGACACGAUUGAAAGCACCUUCCUUUGCGUGAAAAAGGGACGCUACUCCGAGCCGAAGCUGGAGCAGUUAUCUCGCCUCAUCAUCCAGCCACUGCAGGCAGGUCUCCGUCGGCCGACAUCGGUAAAUGAUGUACAGCUGGGGAUACUGGGUCUUCGGUUCCAAAGACAGCUGACGGAGACCGCGAGUAUAAAGAGCUCAAAGGGCUUUUUUGAACCAGCUGCUGGCGACACUAAGCAUAUCUAG